AGAGAAGAAAAAAAAAAACCAAAUCGCGGAAGAGAUUGUCUCCAGUCCUUCUAGUUUGACAAGUUUUUUCUCCUAGUUGCUAAAGAGGAGACUGGAAGGAAAAAGAGGUGUAAAUACACGGUAAAGUCAGUGCCCUGUGUGCCGGAGUGUUUGAUGGUAAGAGAAAACAUGGAAGGAGCUAUCAAGACAGUUGUGACAGUCUUCUUGAAGUCAGCAAAAGGCAAGGAGAACCUUGGAGGAAAAGACUUCCAAAACCUAGUGAAGAACCAGCUGAAGAACAUACUGACGGAUACAGAUAGCUCUGAGGCUAUCAAAAACAUGCGCCAAGGCCUUGAUUCCAACCAAGAUGGAAAAGUCAGCUUCCAGGAGUACAUGACGCUGAUCGGAUUUUUGGCACAGUCAGUCAGUCAGCAGUCUUGCACCAAGGAGACCCAGGUUGCGAGUUCAGGCCCAGAAACACAGGCAGGAGCUCCUGUAGCCUCCAAGGCUGAGCCUGAGCCUGAGAUAGAAGCCAAGCCUGUGAAAGAGGAAGAGCCAGCCAAGGAGCAGGAUGAGGCAGUUGAAGUGGUGGAAUUGGUCGAGGAGGAAGAAAAUGUAGAAGAGGUGGUAGAAAUAGUGGAGCGCACAUAGGCUCUUGAGACAAUUGAAAACAUCUCAAGACGUUAUAUAUCCUUGUUUUUAUUUCAGUGUAUUUUUUAUUAUUUCACAGCUAACCAGAUUUGACCAACACUACGAUUUGUACCACUAGAUUAAGUAUAAACCACUUAAUAUUAUUUGGAAGUCUACGUUGACCUUUUGUCUAUGGUCUAACACAGUGCUUUUCAAACCGGUCCUCAGACAUCUCCAGGUCUCCACACCAUUUAGAUUUCGGCCUACACCAACUCACACAACACUAUGUGGAGCUUCUGAACUGUCAUGUGAGGACAGUUUUGACAAUCACUGGACUAAAUAGACAAAGCUAACAAAAUGUAUAUGUACAUGUAUUGUAUUUUAUCCAUUUAAAGAUUUACAUUAACACGACAUUACAACACGGAUCAUUAAUGUGUCUUAAAUGUGUUACACAGUACCUCUACCAAUAUGUUUACAAUGCUUGUUUAAUAACAUGACCCUGGUGUUCUGGGAUAACGGUACGCCCAUAAAUGACCCACUCACACAGUUUAGUUUUUAUGAAUAUCUUUAAAUUGUUUAGUCCUGGUACACUUUGCCUUGUUUAGCAUGUGUGCUAACAUCGUUUCACUGUUUAAGCUGACUAAAUUGAGCUGAAUUUUCAUACCACUGCCAUUUUAUAUGGACUCAUUUGCAUGACAAUAAACAAAAUUUUUUUGAGCAUUUA